UCCCGGUGGGGAAGGACCACAGUUUAAGGUUCAUCACCCGUGGGAGUGUGAGGGGUCGGGUGGGGAGGAGAAUAACCCUCAUCAGCGGUGUGGACAGAUAAUCAACAUGGUGCCCCAGGAGUGGGUGGAAUUGUUAAUUUGGAAAAGGAUUUAGUGCCAACGCCUGCCUUUAUUGUUGAUAAUUUUAUUAUACUGGUCACAAGACUAAUGCACAUACGGAACAGAGCUUUGGAAGCAGAAGUCAGUGCUCAAGAUUUUCAGCCCAGUUAUACACGAACUGCUGAAGUGACUGUCUGCCUUCUCUCAACGACAGCAGAGAUUUCAGGAAGUCAACGAUGACCAACAGACUGGAACGAUCCAACUCAAUGCAAGGUGAAACUCUUUACAGAAUUUUACAAUUGCCAAGGAAAUCUUCACCGGAAGAGGUCAAGGCAGCAUAUAGAAAGCUAGCUCUGAGGUACCAUCCAGAUAAAAAUCCCGAUGACCCCACGGCAGCUGAGAAUUUCAAGGAAAUAAACAGAGCCCACAGGAUCCUCUCUGACCGAAGGAAGAAACGCAUCUAUGACUCGUACGGUUCAGCCGGGCUACACGUGGCCUCCUUGCUAGGGGAGGAUGGGGAGAACUUCUUGGCCUCAAGGAACCACUGCUUCAUGAAGCUUGUGACCUAUUUCUGUGCAAUUGCAACGUGCUGUUGUUGCUGCUGCUGUUGCUGUUACUGCUGUGGUAAAUGUUUGCGAAAAGAUGUGCACACAGAUGACCUAAACCCUAUUCUGGUCCAACCAUACACUGUGAACAGAGAUACGAGUCCAGUAAGCCAAGAGUUUGAUCUCAGCCAAAACAGUUAAUUAAGAAGUGAGAUAUUUACCUUCAAUGGAAAUUGUGGGCUGUUUCAACCCUUGGAAACUUGAUAGAACUUCUACUAUAAGUAACUUUUCUCCACCACCUAGCAUUUGAUAAAAAAAAUCUUAAGGGUUGAAGAAGAGAGAACCAUUUGGUCCCUGAAGUUGAUUACAUGCGCAGACCAUGUAAAAUCCUUACCAUCAUGGACUACGGCCAUUCAGAAAUACAACCAUAACAGAAUGAAGACUGUAGCCAAACCAGAUUUUCUUUCGCUAGUCUCCAAAUCCCAAAAUUGCCCUUCCAGGCUGUAGCGUGAAAGGUCAGUUUACUUGCCGGUUGAAAGCUGCUUCUGCUGUGUUGGUCAUUGACUGGCCCGUUCAAAGAACGCAGAAGCUCUGUCCCAUAGGUGUACAGCUUCAGGCCCAUUCCUUUGUCUCAGGGCACUCAUCGUCACAUUGAGGUUAUGACCAAUGCAGAAGAACCAUUGGGAAAGUAUCAAACACAAGGAAAUCUGCAGAUGCUGGAAAUUCAAGCAACACACACAAAAUGCUGGUGGAACGCUGCAGGCCAGGAAGCAUCUAUAGAAAUGUCGACUGUGCUUCUCCCUAUAGAUGCUGCCUGGCCUGCUGCAUUCCACCAGCAUUUUGUGUGGAUUGGGA